AUGGAUUUAGGUAAUAAUGAAAUGUUUCUCUCCAACGAUAUGCUGCAUGAAAAGCAGGGACAUAACUCCCUUAUAGAAGAUAACAUUAUUACAAGCAUAAAUAACAGUAGACGAGGUAGCUUAGUUACACAGGACUCCGAAUUUGAAUUAGAUGAUGCUUUGCUAACUGGGAGUGAUUUAGAUUACGAUUAUGAGGACGAGCUAGAUGAUAUGAUUGUGUUGCCAAUAACCAACGCAAAAAGGAAACAAAUCAACGAAGGUGGAGUACCUAAUUUGGAAUACGAAUGUCUCACAACUAAAGAUAUUUUUAAUAGAAUGUUAGAAAGAGUGAAUCACUUACAGCCUAUCUUUUCUUUACCCUUGGAAGAUAUAAUUAUCCUAAUGCAGCAUUAUGACUGGAAUGAAGAGAGACUGCUUGAAAAGUGGACUGAUAAGAUGGAUGACUUGCUGACCGAAAUAGGUCUUAUCCAUGAAAAUGGCAAUUUAACCGUCAAUGAACGUGGAGUUGCCCUCAAAGAAGACUUUGAAUGCGGUAUUUGUUGCGAAGUAAAGUCUGUUGAAGUCUUUUCGCUAGAAUGUGGACAUGAAUAUUGUAUCGAGUGUUAUAGAAGAUACAUACAGGGUAGGCUACAUAGUGGUAAUAUUAUUACAUGUAUGGGCUGUUCAGUAGCAUUGAAAAAUGAAGAUAUCGAUGAAAUUAUGGGAUAUGAAUCAAGUAAUAAGUUGAUGUAUUCUUCUAUUAAGAGUUUUGUAUCAAAACAUCAUAGGAACUAUAAAUGGUGCCCCUACACUGAUUGCAAGUGCAUAAUCCAUCUGGAUGAUACUUCUUCGUUAAGCGAAUAUUCGAGACUUCAUUAUUCACCCUUUGUAAAAUGUAAUGCAUUGCAUAGAUUUUGUUUCAGCUGUGGUUUUGAAAUACAUGCCCCAGCAGACUGCGACAUAACUAAUGCAUGGAUCAAAAAGGCUAGAAAAGAAUCAGAAAAUUUGAAUUGGGUACUAUCUAACACGAAAGAAUGUCCCAAAUGUUCUGUUAAUAUUGAAAAGGACGGUGGAUGUAACCAUAUGGUCUGUUCGAGCUGUAAAUAUGAAUUUUGCUGGAUUUGCGAGGGUGAAUGGGCUCCCCAUGGAAAGAGUUUUUACCAGUGUACCCUUUACAAGAAUGAAGACGGUAAAUAUAAUAAGUCCUCAAGUCAAGAAGCUAAUAAAUUGAUGAAAAAAUACACAUUUUAUUAUAGAAUGUUCAAUGAACAUGAGGUUUCCGCAAAACUGGAUUGGAAACUAGGACAGACUGUAGGUAUCAAAGUGAAAAGCUUACAAGAAAAGAUUGGUGUUUCCUGGAUUGAAGGCCAAUUUUUGGCGGAAAGUCUACGGACAUUGAAUGAAGGUAGAACUGCCUUAAAGUGGUCAUUUGCAGUCGCAUUCUAUUCCGAUCCCUCCCAUAAUUUAACUAAGAUAUUUGUUGAUAAUCAAGCUUUACUAUCUAAGGCGGUAGAAGAUUUGUCGGAAUUACUACAGAUCAAGGAUCCUGAACUUAUUAUGAGGCGGAAACCAGACUUUUAUAACAAGGCUGGAUAUGUUCAAAAUAGAACGAAUGCAUUAAUGGAAUGUGGCAGAGAUUUGUUAUGUAAGGGAAUAUGUAAACUUACCGAUUAG